GGACGCGAUGACGCAUAUUUUUCGCGCCAAGCGCUGGAGAGCGGAUUCGGGGUCAGGUUAGAGGUUUCUUUGGGUAUUGGGGAUGAUUGUGCGGGUUGUUCGGCUGUUCAUCCCCACUGCUGGGGUUGCGUUAAGAGGAGGUUUCGCGGUACAGACGGCCAGAAUCCACUCAGGCAGCCCUAGGAACCUGCAGUAUGGCUGGUGGGCUUAUGCACUGGGAGAGCGGACCACCCCCAGGUUCAAGGAGAACAGCAAAAUCAUCAGCAUUGAUGGCAAUUUGGCAUCAGGAAAAGGGGCUCUGGCACAAAAGCUUGCAGACAAGUUAGGGAUGAUGUACAUGCCCGAGCCUGAUACGCACUACCUGGACAAAAUGACGGGGGAGAAGGAGCCGCUGGACACGCGCUUCAACGGCAACUGCAGCCUGGAGAAGUUUUACAGGGACCCCAAGGCCGCUGACGGAAACUCCUAUCGACUGCAGUCCUGGAUGUAUCACAUCAGGCUUCUGCAGUAUUCAGACGCCAUUGAGCACCUCCUCACUACGGGGCAGGGUGUUGUUCUGGAACGCUCUCCCUUCAGUGACCUGGUGUUUCUGGAAGCCAUGGCCAAGCAGGGCUACAUCCGGAAGCAGUGUGUGGAUCACUACAACGAGAUCAAGGGGAUCAGCCUGUGCGAAUUCCUGCCCCCGCACCUGGUAAUCUAUGUGGACGUCCCUGCUGAGGAAGUACAGAAGAAGCUAAAGCAGUCGGGGGAGGCAUAUCUCCAGAACAUCUCCCUGCCCUACCUGAAGAGCAUUGAGGAUUCCUAUAAGAAGACCUUCCUCCCUCAGAUCAGCACGACCUCGGAGGUGCUGGUGUACGAUACGGCCCAGGCGCAGGACAUCGAGAAGGUGGCUGAGGACAUAGAGUACCUGAAGUUUGACAAGGGGCCGUGGUUGGAGCAGGAUGACGUCACCUUCCAUUACAUGCGGAUGCUGGUUGAAGACAAGCAGAGAGUGGCCGAUCUGACCUGCAUCGCCAACUUCCUGCCCGAGAUCACCAUUGGGGCGCAUGACAAUGAUGCGUCAUACUACGCCUACCAGUCGCUCCCAGGAAAGAAGUACGCUCCAGGGUACAACGCCGACAUCGGAGAUAAGAACAUCUGGCUGAAGUGAAAGUGAAACCACUUUGUGGUCUGCAGCUGGCCCAGGAUGGAGGGUGGGGUUGCUACGCCAAUGACAUCCCUCCCAUACUUGUGAUCUAGAAAGCCUACGAGUUGCUUUGUUUGCUACUGUGGUGGGUCUAAAUUUAUGCAGAGGGGACAAUUUCUUUGUCAUAAACUAAUGUAUGUAUUAAAAAAAAAAAAACUUAA